AUGGUGUGCGAUAAAUGUGCGAAGAAGCUGUCAAAGGUGAUCGUGCCAGACAAGUGGAAGGAGGGGGCGUCCAACACCACUGAGAGUGGCGGCAGAAAGAUCAACGAGAACAAGCUGCUGUCCAAGAAGAAAAGGUACACUCCGUAUGCGUCGUCUGCAUCCUUUAAGUGCAUCAUUUGCAAACAGCAGCUACACCAGGAGGGAAAAUACUGCCACCUCUGCUCUUAUAAGAAAGGUGUGUGUGCCAUGUGCGGAAAGCAGGUGCUUGAUACCUCCAUGUACAAACAAUCGGCAGUUUGA